CUGACAGUUUAUCUUGUCAAAUACAAGAAGGACGAUUUCAAAACUUGAGAAAUUCGUAAAUAAUUCAUUUAAAAGUCUAAAAUCAUCAAAAAAACACCCAAUUAUUAUCAUGAUAUCGUUACAAUAGUGAUUAGUGAUGUGUAUAUAUUAACAAUAACCUAAAAAGGUCAUGUGAAUUUGAAAAACUAAAGAAUUGAUUUAGUUUAAAAAAACUUUGUUUUUUUUUCAUCAUGUCGAGGAAGAAAGGCAGAAAAAAUGUCUUGCAAGGUUGGGGUCAGCUUCCAGUCUAAAGGGAAGACUGAAUAUUGAAAUUUCUGCAGACAACAGCCUUCUGACUUCCGCUACCUAUUUAUAAGAUUUCACUCUCAACGAUUCAGCAAACGCAAGAAAACCAAUCCGUGAAGUUCGGAAAGUCAUGAAUCCCACCAUGGAACUGUCUUGGGCAGACAUCGGUGAUGACACAGAUGCUAUGAUCGAAGAAAUAGCAGAAGAUGGAACCAGGAAGUUAGUCUACAAGAAGAAGAAGAAACCAGAAGAAACACCCAUAGAUGACCGACCGGGUAUUGAGUACCCUGAAAUCUUAUUCUACUUAAUUUCAAAGUACAUAAAACCUGAAAGUAUAGGAGCAUUUGCAAGGAUUAAUAAGUCAGCGUAUGCAGUGACUAGAAACAAGGCGUUUUGGAUGCUACAGUAUAAAAGACAUUGUGAAAAGAGUCCGUACCUACCUGAGAAGUUGCGGAUGGACAGCUACAAGACAUAUGGGCUCCGUCAAACAGUUAUAAGGGCUUUAUAUCAUACUCAUGAUCACUUUAUUCGCAAGAUUGUCCGUCAUGAUGUUAAGCCACAUCAAUUAGUGAGCCGGGUUUGUGUGAAUGUCUGGUUUUGCAAGGGUUUAACUUAUUGGAAUGUAUAUUUUAAACUGAAGAAGCCACAGUUACAAUUGCCCAGUACGGAUAAAGAUUUUAUUGAAGAGCUGGGACGGAUCGAUGCUAAUCCGGAAGAAGGGACUCAGGUUUUACUGGUAACCUGCAAGAGUUUCCACGAAGUACCACCCCUAAUGGGGAUGACACUGUCCACAGUCAGCAUGGUACUGUCCCAAGGGUACCGUCAUCACCGUCUACACCUAGGAUUCAACAGUUCAAGGUACACGGUCAAAGGUAUAGUCCCGGAGAGAGAAGUUAUCUUAGAUGCAGUUGUGGGGGCUCUGGUCUGUGACUGGUGGCAUCCGCAGUACCCACAUACUGGGAACUUUGUACCGAGGCAGGAGCCACCGUUGUUGAGAAAUAAUUUCUUUGAUGAUGAUAUUUCUUGAGUGGUGUAAGGAGUACAGGUGAUAAUUCUGUGGUUUUUGUGAUUGUUUAGUUGAAAAUAAUUGGGAUUAUGAUGUAUAUUAGUUCAAUAUUCAUAUUAUCUGUCAGUUGCACAAAGAUCCAUUAAAAUUAAAGCUUCAUUAAAUCUAUUGCUAACACUUUUUAUCUUGUUGACAAAAAAAGAGACGGCAAUCGAUGUAAAGAAGCUUUAACUUUAAUGGACUUUUGUACAACUGAAGGUAUGAGUUAUCUACUUAAAAAAAUCUGUCUAAUUGCAAGAUUACACUUAAAUUGAUACAAAAAAAUUUUAUGGUAUAUAGUGAGUUGAGUCCACAGCUAGCAUGUGUUCGCGCGGCGGUUGCAGUUUCGCGGACAUUUUACAAAUGUUCGCACGCAAUGUGUUACUGUUUGCUAGAGCGAGUACACCACGAGAUACAUUUGUGUCCGUCAGUGUCACUCUCGUGGGAUCUAGCCUUAAGGUGAAUACUUUGACUAGUAGCAGGAAAUUCAAUUAAAAAUGUUUUUUUUUUUAUGUUUUACAUAAGUUAAACGACUUUAAAAAAGAAGUAAGUUACAUAAAUAUGUAGAAUUUUUGUUUUUUGUAUUCAGAUGAUUCCAAUUAUUUUGAACAAUCAAAUUCAUCAAUUUUUUGAGUUUGGUAGUUAAUUGGAGCUUACUAUCCAGUAUGUAUGUGUUUCUCUAUCUGUCUAAAAGUCACUUGCUGUAUUGUAUGAAUGUUACAUAUUGCUAAAGUACAGUUCUUGCCAAUUAACUUUGCAACUCUGAAGUUAGUAAUUUGUCUCUUCGCGCGUUUGUUUGUAAUUCGUACAGUUAAUGUCGAGAAGCUUUACUUGACUGAAGUUGGCUACUGUUGAUUUCGCAGUAGUAAAAAAUAUAUAAAUAAAACACUACUGCGCAUGCUUGAAGCAAAUGACUUACUUCAGAGUUGCAAAUUUAUUUGGCUCGAAUUGUAAAAUGUACAUAAUACUUUUGGUGUUCAAUUGUGAAAAAUAAGCAUAAAUAUAAUUCAAUAUUUUUCUGAAUGGUAGCACAACUUAUUUCUCACUAGCUUUUGCCCGCAACUUCUUUCGCGUGGAAUAGUGACUACCAGCAGAUUUUUGAUUUGACCAAUAGAUGGCGCUAUAUGUCCGGAAUAUUUUUUUUUUGUAAUAAUAACUAUCCUAUGUCCUUUCUCAAGUUUCAAACUAUGUCUGUACCAAAUUUCACACAAAUCGGUUUAGUAGUUUACGCGUGAAGAAAAGACAGACAGACAGACAGACAGAAAGACAGACAGAGUUACUUUCGCAUUUAUAAUAUUAGUUUGGAUAGUCAAUAGUCACACAAAACCACGUAAAAGUUAGUAAUUCUGAAUGUUGUAGAAAUUGAUAAUAAGACCCAGAUGCACCAUUUAAACUAUAACGAUAACCAAACCAUAACCAGCCGUAUACUUUUUUUUUAACGACGUCAAAAUCAUCAAAUGACCCCUCCCGCUGUGGGUUAGCAGCGGUGAGGGAGUGUCAGACUCUUACUGACUGAAAACUGUCGUGUUCCGUCGUAGGCCUUUUAUGUACCGGGGCCGCGAUACUCGCGCGAACAAUCCCGCAGCCCCGGCAGGCUUUGGCCCUGCUCUUGCAGCCCAUUGGUCACAUCGGCGAUUUGACAACUGAAAAUGGUUCGGUUAUCGUUAUAGUUAAAUGGUGCAACUCACUGUUAAAUCACAUAAAUGGUAGUAAUUCUGAAUGUUGUAGAAGAAAAAAAUACAUAAAUGUGAAUAAAAUAAGAUUUUUAAUGGUACAGUUAGCUUCAAAAGUGACUUAAUAAAUUUGAAUUCUCAAAACUGCUUAACACCUUGUCGUCGAUAAGUUAUUAAAAGUAAAGUAUUCAUCUACUUUUUUGAAGUUCAGGAUGUUAAGUAAAUUUUGGCGUUUGUGUUUUUAAGAGUAGGUACCAAGGGGUAUCGGGUUGCCCGGGUAACUGGGUUGAGGAGGUCAGAUAGGCAGUCGCUCCUUGUGGCACACUGGUACUCAGCUACAUCCGGCUAGACUGGAAGCUGACCCCAACAUUGUUGGGAAAAGGCCAGGCAGAUGAUGAACGUUGUUAGGCACUUUUGAUAAUUUUGAUUUGUUUAGCUACUUUUGACUCUGAACUUACCUAUUUUACUAAAUAUAAAUAUGUAGUAAUCUGGUCUGAUAUGUAGUAAACUAAGUCUGAUGAUAUAUAAUAUUUUCUCUAUGUAUUAAUUGAUGUAAAAAAAUUCAGUCUGACUUAAAGUAAAGGUAUAUAAAAUUAAUGUAAAAGUGGUCUGAUUUGAUCAGUCCUUGAUAGGAAGGCCUAAAAUGAAAAGGGUAAAAUGUUGAAAUUUGGGUAAUGUAAAUAGCCUAGUCAAUUUAGACAUAAAAAUAGUGCCCAAAUAACAUUCAUAAAUAAAAUAUUAAAAGUCCCCGUUGAUCCAGAGUCAAGGUUUGUUUUUUAUUUUGAAAACGGUAAGUUUUAUCAAAACUGUUAGAUACGUAACUUGCAGAUUAUUUAAUUAUCCAUGAAAUGACCAAUAUAUAUUUUUUUCAUAAGCAUCACUAUUCGAAAGUUUCCACCAAAACUCAGAUCUGUGCGAUUUUUUUUUAUUUCAAAUACUUAUCUAAAUUGACUGGGCUAUAAAUUGAAUGGAUGCUUUAGUAUGAAGAAAUGAUUUAGAAAAUAUAAGGUGCGUGUUUAACAGGAGGUUUACAACUAUUGUCGUUUAACUGUUUUAACAUAUUUCUGUCCAUUUCAAAUGAAUAAAUAAGCAUAUUCUUUUUAUAGCUAGUUUUACAAGUUCUGUCUCUCAUCACAAGUCUCUGAUAGCAUAUCAGGAAUAUAUCUGACAGAUAAAAUAUAACUUGGUUUCACAGGUCAAUACUGGAUCCGAAAAACAGGUCUUAAAUACCAAUGACUGUUUUUCGGAUCCAGUAAGUCUGACACCAGUCUAACCAAGGGGUAUUGGGUUGCCCGGGUAACUGGGUUGAGGAGGUCAGAUGUCAGUCGCUCCUUUUAAAGCACUGGUACUCAGCUGCAUCCGGUCAGACUGGAAGCCGACCCCAACAUAGUUGGGAAAAAGGCUCGGAUGAUGAUGGUUUCACAGGUCUCUGAUAGCAAUAUCUGGCAGAAAUUAUAAGCAGCCUUUAUCUGGCAGAUAGCAUUAACUAUCAGAUAACUAACUAAAACUUUAUCAGUAACUAUUGAAACUGGGCCUUAAUGUAGAUACAACAAGCAACAAAAGUAGAUUGAGUAUUCAAAUAUAUUUUUCUUAAAAUUACAUUUGAACAAAAUAUGAAUAUUUGAUGUGUGUGUAGAAUUCAACAUUAAAUGUAUGUACUCACAAAUAUAUUUAAGUUGAUAGGGAGUGUAAAUACAUAUAAAUAAUUAUGAUACAUAUGUAUGGAAAUAGACAGAAACAAAGCUUUUUAUCUUUCAAAGAAAAUUACUGUAGAAAGUUGCAAGCGAACUUGUAUUUCCUUUUACUCGACUGCGCCAAGAAGGGUUAUGUUUUUAUAUUUUUUUGUGCUUAAUACUGCUUUUGUAUUAUUUAGAAUUCAUAUAAAAUAAUGUUAUUGUCGGCCGACAGUUGACCCAAUGGUUGACAAUUUUUUUUAAAGAAAAUCUUGAUUCCAAUCAAAGUUUUCAGUCGGUCUGAUACCGGCUAAAUACCUCAUCUUUGCAAUGUGCGUACUAUCAUUCAUCUUCAUACUGAUUUAUGAGCCCAAACAAACUAUCGGCCGAUAAAAAGUUUGCAAAAAUCACAAAUUUUACAAAAACGUUUGUAAUUUUAGAAACGAUCCAAAAACAACUGAAUUAAUUAAUUUAUUGUAAAGCGUUAUGUGAUAUGAUCAUAAAUAUAUAUAUUUUACUGUUA